AUGGCGAUGAAGCUGAAUACCCGCGCCAUCGUGGUGUCGCUCUGCCUGGUGCUCGUCUUCUUCGCCGGGCAGCCUGCAGCGGCCCACGGCGACCGCGGCAAGAAGGGCACCGUUGGGGACAAGGUCUACCAGAUAGUGGCCAAGGAAAUCAGGGACAACUCCGGCGUCGGCCCCGCCCUCAUCCGCCUUCUCUUCCAUGACUGCUGGGUGAAUGGCUGCGACGGGUCCGUGCUCCUGGACAGGAAGCCCUACGGUAGCAAGACGGAGAAGCAGGCGGAGAACAACAUCGGCCUCGACGGCUUCGACGUGAUCGACAAGAUCAAGGCCAAGCUCGGCGACAACGUCUCCUGCGCCGACAUCAUCGUCCUCGCCGCCCGCGAGGCCACCUUCAUCGUCAGCCGCGAGAAGAUCGACUACCCCGUCAAGACGGGCCGGAUGGACGGCGUGGUCUCGUCCGCGGAAGUAGCCGACCACUUCCUCCCUCCUUCUACCUUCGAUUUCGAGCAGCUCAAGGCCAACUUUGACGUCAAGAAAUUCAACACCAAGGAGCUUGUCGCCCUCUCCGGCGCGCACGCCAUCGGCGUCGCCCACAAAAGCUCCUUCGCCGACCGCAUCGACGACGCCACCGCCACGCCCAUCAGCCUAGAUUACAUGAACGCCCUCAAAAAGGACGACAAGCCGAUCCAGCCCAACAACAUCCGCGACAAGGAGCUCGCCUUCCGCAACGCGUCUGGCUACGACCCAACUGGGGUGGACACCACCGAUACGGGUAAGGGGGUGCUGGACAACAGCUACUACCACGCCAACCUGCAGAACACGGUGCUCUUCAGGUCCGACUGGGAGCUUCGCAACGACACCAGAGGCGACGCCGGGGGUAUCAUGGAGACGUUCAAGGAAGACGCCAAAGAGUGGUAUCGACAGUUCGGUGACGCCAUGGCCAAGCUCAGCAAGCUACCCGCCGAGGGCACCCGUUUCGAGAUCAGGAAGAACUGCAGGAAAACCAACUAGCUCCGACCACUAUCGU